AUGACACCAACAGCUGCCUCUUCAGAAGGUCAACUUGUUCAAAAAACUUUAAAUGCUUAUGAAUAUGCUUGUGAAUUACAAUAUAAUAGUAUCGCUGAUCUAAUUCAACGUCAAACAAAACUUCUUCCAUAUGAAAAACGUUUUUUUCGUGUACUCAAACUUAAUGAUAUUCGUCGUUGUGAAACAUUUAUUCAUCGUUUAUAUAAUGAAAAACGACAAAAUGAUAUAGCUAAAAAAGGCUUAUUUUAUGCUGCACAACUUGGCUCAAUACGUUUACUAGAUUAUUUUUUAACACGUUGGAAAAUAGAUAUAAAUACUGAACAAGAACAAGAUAAUGGAUAUUCAACAACAGCUUUAUUAACAUCUAUAACAUACAAUCAAAAUGAAGCAGCAAAGUUUUUAUUAUUUCGUAAUGCUGAUCCAAGUGUAAAAGGUCAAUAUGAUAAUGCAUUAGUUACAGCAUUUCAUUAUAAUUCAAAAAAAGAUCUUUUACGUUUAUUACUUGAUAAAAAUGUUGAUGUAACAGUUCGACAUCCUGAUUAUAAAAAAUUAAACUUAAGAGAAUAUUGUGUAUUAACAAAUCGUGUUGCAGCUAAAGCAGAAAUCGAUGCUUAUAUCAUACGUUUAAUUAGUCAUGGAAAUUAUCAACGCUUAAAAUGGCUCGUUGAUCAUGGCUAUACAUGUAUUAAUGUUAAUAUUACUCCUAAACGUAAUGGAAAACAACUAGCUAAAGAAAGAUAUUAUGAAAAAAUUGUUAAAUUAAUUGAUGAUGUAGAAAAUACACAAAUGAAAGCAAAAAUUAAAAUGAAUUAUUAA